GGAGAGGGAGGGGGUGGGGUGGGGAGGAGAAGAUGAGAGAGAGGAGGAGGGCAUUUGCGGGUCCUGCAGCGGGAUUGGGGCUGCUGCUGCUGCUCCUAUACCUCAAUUUCGGGGAUCGCCUCCCGUUCUUAGUCCCCGCCCUCCCCCCCUGGCGGUGGGGAUCCGGCGGGAGGACUAUCAUCUCCGGCUUCGUUGGGGUGAAUGGCACCCAUUUCGUUCUGAAGACGGAGGGAGGAGGAGCAGGAGUGGACGCUUCGUCUUCGCCGUCUGCAAUUCCACGCUCCCGCGCUCCGCUCUACGUGAACGGAUGGAACUCCUACUGGCUGAUGCAGCAGAGCAUCUGGGGGUCGACGCGGCCGAGGGUGUCGCGGAUGCUGAGGAGGGGGGCGGAGAUGGGAAUGGCCGUCUGUCGGACGUGGGCCUUCAGCGACGGCGGGACCGACGCCCUCCAGAUCUCCCCCGGCCACUUCGAUGAGAGGGUGUUUCGGGCUUUGGACUUUGUCUUGGUGGAAGCUGGGAAAUACGGUGUGCGGCUUAUCCUUAGCCUGGUGAACAAUCUUGACCCAUUUGGUGGGAAGGCUCAAUAUGUAAAGUGGGCAGAGGAUGCUGGUGUUAAUGUCUCAGAGACAACAGAUUCAUUUUUCUCCCAUCCAACCAUCAAAUCCUACUAUAAAGCCUAUGUUAAGUCAAUUGUGACCAGAAAGAACUAUUACAGUGGAGUCAAGUAUUAUGAUGAUCCUGUCAUAUUUGCCUGGGAACUCAUGAACGAGCCACGUGGAUCCAACUCAUCCGGUCCAAUUCUUCAGGCUUGGAUUAAUGAGAUGGCAUCAUACGUCAAACAUUUGGACCAGAAGCAUCUAGUCACUGUUGGGAUCGAAGGAUUUUAUGGUCAUACAACACCUGAAAAAUUGCUGAAUAAUCCUGGGGAAUGGGCAGCUGACCUUGGAUCAGACUUUAUUCAGAACUCACUUUCAGAAAAUAUUGAUUUUGCCUCCGUUCAUGCAUAUCCAGAUAGCUGGAUACCAAAUGCAACACUGGAAGAAAAAGUGAAGUAUCUUGCACAAUGGGUGGAUUCUCACGUGACUGAUGGGGAUAAAGUAUUGAAAAAGCCAGUUCUGUUUACAGAGAUUGGAUCAUCUGCACCUGGAUCGCAUGGUCUUGAUGCCUUUUUGAAAAUUAUGUACGAUAAGACGUAUGAGUCUGCAAAGAAGAAAUUAUCUGGUGCCGGUGCCUUAAUUUGGCAGUUAAUGGUUGAAGCAAUGGAAGAGUGUGGUGAUAAAUUUUCUCUGGUACCAUGGGAAAAACCAUCUACGUUUGAACUGAUGGUCCAACAGUCAUGUAGAUUGGAAGCUGUAAAUGGAUGGAGUAAUUCAAGUAUGAUUUAUAAUUGCUCGGGCGCAGUGUCCUGAUGAUGAAUAUGAAGUUCACUGGUUUAUACUAAUCAUUUUCGGGAGAUUGAAAAGAUUGCAGAUUUGGCUUUUGUCAUUCUGUGGUGAACUUGAUAGCUGAUUGCCAAUACCGAUCGAAUAUGCAUCCUUAUGAUUGAAAAUGUGGCUCCAUCAUUGACCAACAUGCAGCGGCCUGCAGGGAAGGUGACCUUGAAAUGCACAACAGUCAAAAGCUGUGAAUUUAUUUAUAAUGGGGAUGCAGCAGUUAUCUGGUGUAGUAACUGCUUUACUCGCAAGACUGAGCUGGAGGGACUUCUUGAUCCAUUAACUAUUCUUUUUGUCUUGAAGUAUUGCAGUAACUGAUGCGCUCGAAAGAGCCUGCCUUGAUAGAGUAAUGCGAUUGAAUUCAUGGCAAGAAGAUAUUUUCUGUAUUGCCCUAAGAGGGGUGGGAUGGGUCGAUUGUUCAAAGUAAAACUAAGCAUUCUUUGUGUGCAUUUGACUCUCUC